GUUGAAUAUUUUCUCCAGAAAGGCAGCAAGAUCAAAAGAACAGGGGAAAACAGGAGACGAAGGAAGAAAAGCGAAGAAAAACCCCAAAAGAAGAGUCCAAAAUGGGUAAGAAACCAUUGCUGGGCCUGACAUUCGUUGUUGCAAUGCUGUCAAUCGUAUCUUCAGUUAUUUCCAUCGACGACAAAUGUUCUGCUUGCACCGCCAUUGCUGAGGAGCUGGAGCGAGGACUGAUGAAUGUAAGAAUUUUUCCUUUAAAACUUUACUUUCUUUCUUGUAAUCUUUUGUUUUCUUCUCACAUUACUCCUUAAUAUAAAUUAGUACUCCGUAAUGUACAUGGUGGGCUGGAAUUUCAGGAAAAAUGAGAUUUUGAUUAUGAUUUUCUACUUCUAUUAGGAAAAUCAGUACUGAGGCAAUGCACCUCUAAACUCAAAGUUAGCGUUUUUAAGUGGGAAAGAUUCUGAGCCGGCUGCAUGUUGAUGAUACUAUUGUGCAAUAUAGCAUGGUAGAAUCCAUAGAGGUUGAAAAUCAUCUUUAUUUAGUGUCAUAUCCCAUCGUAUUGAUGCUUUAUAAUAUGUGGUAAGUAGUAACUGAGAAUGGAUGAAUCUAACAUUCUUGUAAUGAUGUUGCACGAGUCUUUUUAGAGUUGGUUACAGUGAUCUAGUUAGACUUGUGGUUUAUUUAGAGUUGGAGUCCUUCUGUAAAUGCGAAGCUUAAGUUACCCUUUUGUCUCAAAAAAACUUUGAAUUAUCUAUCGAAAAUAAAUAGAGAUCAAGGGAGUUCCAUUGAUCACCUUAUCUUGACAUUACAUCCUCAUCCUUUUUGCAAAAAGAAUCUGUUAAAUAACUCUGUAUACCUUCCAGGAAAGACCGAAAAAUCAUCUGGACAUGAGACAUCGUUUGGACUCGAAGGGUCAACGCCAAGGAAGGGUAAUAGAUUACAGGGUUAGUGAAUUGAGAGUUGUUGAUCUUCUUGAUGGGCUCUGUGAUAAGAUGCAAGAUUAUACUCUUGAGAAGGUGGAGUCUGGCUCUCAGGUGUGGGUGAAAGUGAAUAACUGGGAUGCUGUGAAAACUAAUAAACAAGAAGCUCGAGCACAUUCUAAAGACAUAUCCUCUUUCUGUGGAAGGUUACUCGAGGAAACUGAAGAUGAGCUUUCAGACUUAAUAAAACAAGGCUCUGUUAAAGUUGGAGGCGUCAGCAAGGUCUUGUGCGAAGACCUGGGGAGAUAUUGCGAUCAAACUAGCAUCAACGCCAACAAUGAUGAGAUCGCGGAUGAACUCUGAUUGAUUGGGUGUUAACUUUAGUCUAAUCCACUGAUUGAAUUUGCAAUACAUAUUUCCUUACACCCGGCAGACAUUACAGAGAGGUUGCAGUAUUUCUUCCAUGCAACUGAAGUUCCUCGCACAUUGCCCCUAAAACUAUCAUUCGGGGGCUUGCCGCUAUAUAUUGUUUUUCUGUACUUUUCUGCUUGUAAUUUUUCCUUCCAAAGCCUUUGUAGUGCUACUGUUUCACAACAAGUUCGAUAAGACAGAUGCUAAUCAUCUUUUUAAACUUCUAUAAUUAAGCACAACCAUUCUUACGAGAUGAGCUUAAGUUAUCUGUUACUAGACAGGAGUCAAGGCUAAAUUGAUGGUAAAAUAUAUUCAGAG